AUGGGUAUCGACCUGGACCGCCACCAUGUGCGGAGCAGCCACCGCAAGGCUCCCAAGAGCGACAACGUCUACUUGAAGGUUCUGGUGAAGCUCUACCGCUUCUUGGCUCGCCGCACCGAGUCCAACUUCAACAAGGCCGUCCUCCGCCGUCUCUUCAUGUCGAGAAUCAACCGCCCCCCGGUUUCCCUUUCUCGCGCUGUCUCCAACAUCAGCGAGGCACAGAAGGGCAAGACCGUCGUCGUUGUCGGCACCGUCACCGACGACAACCGUCUUUUGACCGUCCCCAAGCUGUCGAUCGCUGCCCUCCGUUUCACGGCUACCGCUCGCGCUCGCAUUGAGAAGGCCGGUGGUGAGACUUUGACUCUGGACCAGCUUGCUCUCCGCGCUCCUACCGGUGCCAACACUCUCCUCCUGCGUGGACCCAAGAACGCUCGUGAGGCCGUGAAGCACUUCGGCUUUGGUCCUCACACCGACAAGAAGCCGUACGUGGGCAGCAAGGGCCGCAAGUUCGAGCGGGCUCGUGGUCGCAGAAGAUCCAAGGGUUUCAAGGUUUAA